AUGUUCGCGCUCGAGUUGAAAGCCGAGCUCACGGGGGUGACAAACCUGCGACCCGACGACAGCCAGGACAACCCAUUCUGGUACAUGUUCAAGGUCCAAUGUACCUCGUGCAGAGAGACGCACAACAACUAUGUGGGAGUGAACCGUUUUGAGACAAACGAAAUGAGCGGCAGCCGCGGCGAGGCCAAUUUUGUAUGGAAAUGCAAAAACUGCAAGCGGGAAUCGUCGGCUUCCAUCAAGGCUGCCCCAAAGCCGUAUGAGCAGGCAGAGCCUGCCAAGGCCCAGCGGCUCAUUGAGUUUGACUGCCGCGGACUGGAGUUUGUGGAAUUCAAGCCAGAGGGGGACUGGCUGGCCGAGGGCCUCGAGUCGGGCACCAAGUUCACGGGCAUCGAGCUGGUCGACGGCGAAUGGUUCGACUACGAUGAAAAGGCCGGGGAGGAGGUCAGCAUCAAGGACAUCACGUGGGAGAUUCGCCGAGCCUAG